UCCAUUUUCUAGGAGGGAAAAUUUGCGUGUGCUUUUAGAUUAAUUUUCUCUCCGAAUAUGUGGUUAAGAAAAGGGUCAGAUAUUGUGGUUACACCAAUCCGAAAUUAGUGAAAGAAUGGUUUCCAUCCCCUGCAGCGGAUUGCACAUCCGCUUGGCCCACAUACAAUUCUGAACGGCGGACUUUCAUGGCCAGCUUAGACCUGGUCAUCGCUGCUCCUGAAGUCACUCUCGGGGGUGCCUACGCGGCUUGGCCGCACUUACAGCGGCGAUUUCCGGGAAUUUUUAACACAUCCUCACUUAAAAUCCAGCGUAGCCAAAGUGACCCACCUAAUGUGCGUACGAUGUGUUUGAAAGUGUCCAAUAAAAACUGCUUUGCUUUUAGCUUUUACGUUUGCUUCGUCGUUUGCCGCGUUCCGUGCCUCCGUUCCCUGGCCUACCUGGCAAAUUCCUUGGGUUGGCCGAGAAGAGUGUAACUAAGUUGCCAGUCUGCAAACAGGAUUCCAUGUCCUCUCAACCCCAACGACGGCCAUCUUAGAACACAGCAAGUAACUAUCCCGUUAACCUGUUAUCAGAUCCAUCGACGGUCAAGCUGAUAAAUAACGGGCCGGCAGACGCAGGAGUCCAACACGCUACAAGAGUCGUCCCAUAAACCCAAUCAGCACCCAAUGGAAAAAAGGCAAAAUUGAAUACGAGUUUGGUAUCCUCAUUUCAUUACAAUUAGGUAACGAACGCUUUUUUCUUGGUACUGAAUCUAUUUCAUUUUAUUCCAAACCAAGAAAAGAACAACAAUCAUGUCAGACGCAUACGCGAUGCACGUGCUGAAGAUCGCGGUGGCCCAGAUCUGCCAGACGAUCGGCUGGCACUCGACGCACACCACGACCAUGGAGCUGCUGGUUGACGUUACGCAGCACUUUUUGCGCGAGAUAUCGCGUAUCAUGCACCGGUACAGCGAACUGUACAACCGCACCGAGCCGAACCUGGAUGAUCUAGCCCUCGCAUACCGGGACAUUGGCAUCAAUCUGCCAGAGAUGCUCGAAUACAUCGAGUUUGUCGAUCCGAUCCCGCUGUCACUGGACGUACCGCGCUUUCCGGUGCCCAAGGAAACGAACUUAUGCUUUCUGAAGCCGGGAAGCAAGGAAGUGUUGACGCGACCGAUGCACAUACCCGAGUACCUACCACCCAUGCUGAUCGAAGCACCGACCAGCGAAUCCGGCGACCUCGGAGAGGAGGGCACGGAACACGGCACCGAUGAUGGUACGGGAGGCAUCGAAGCGGACGCGAAUGGUAUGAUAAAAAGUGUGGUCGCUUUGGUGUCUACCAGCGGCAGCGGGGCUACUACUACGGCGUUGCCAGCAUCAAUCGAAGAUGGGUCGCUGCUGCCGGAGUCAAUCGUAAACGAGGAAAUCGAAAUCCCAAUGGAAACGCUGGAAGCCAAGAAACCAAAGCAGGAGCCUCUGGCGGCCGAAUCACUCGACGCAGAGGCUACCUCCGCAGCGGCUCCAAUUACGUCCGAUACUUCCGGACUGGCAACAGUGGCACAAAUGCCCGCUCCACCGCCGCCAGCAUCGGUAUUCGGGGCUACAACGGCAGCCCGGCCACCAACCGCUAGUGAAGAAGGAAGCACGAGCGAGGCAGCGGCGGACCACAAAGCAAGCGCAACGAAUAAGCCAAAUCAAUCCACGGUGGCACCGAUGGAGGAUGGUGGCGAGGGGCGGCCAACGCGCGAAAUCAGCAGUGUUAUGAUGACGACGUCUGGUUUCAUUUCACCAGCGCGCGAAGGUAAACUACCUGACACGCGUAUUCCUCUGAUACCGGAAGAUCGGCCUCCAAAACCAACGAUACCGCAGCAUCAGCAGUCACCACUCGCGGCUGGCGGAACCGCUGGACAAUCGCCGGCAUCGACAGCAGCGGCAGUGGGUGGCGGUAGCGGCACAGGAAACAGUACGCCACUGCCAGGGGCCGCGAAAGCGGACGCUUCGCCAGCCCAGCUACUGCUAGCAGGCACGAAUAGCAAGCCGCCGCUCGCCGAAAAUGAUUCUAACACGCCAUCUGCACAUUCCUUACCGUUGGAUCAGCCCUCGGGGAAGAAGACCCGCAAGAAAACGCUCGACAAGCAGAGGAAAAAAUCCUCGAAAAAGGGGCACACUGGUCUGCAGUCUCCGUUUCAGUCUACUACUACCGGUGCGCAACAUAAACAAAGCCGGAUCUCCGAUGACAGCACCAACGUGAUCGUACUUGAUCGGUCUAGUCGAGAUGCCGAGCACAGCAUCGGCCCAACUCCAGCGGGCACGAACGUUACCGAAGUGGGAAUGGGUCCCUGCGCCCCGUUGCCAACUGUGGCAACUAAGCCCACCCCGAUGACAACGGCUCGAUCCAGUAAAGCUAACAAAGAGAGCAUUAGAGGCGGGAUAAAGAAGCGGAAACCAUCGAAAGAAUCAGAUGGAGUAAUUCGCAAAGCAAGCAACACGAAGAGCGCUCGUCAUCAGUUGGAACUAUUGGGUGCCCAUCCUACAUUUGCAAGUGACCAGUCGAAGGAUAAAGUGUCGAAGCGUCGUGCCAAGAUGUCGAAGAAAGUGUUUUUAGCGCGUAGCCAAAGUAAUCCACCAGGCCAGGGCGGUUCGGAUGGACCGCCGCCUGAGUCCGCACCACCGUUAAUUCGUCCGGUCGGCUUCAGUACGGAACCAACGACCCGUUACGUGGAUGUGGAAGAUCUGUACAAGGAGCAGCGUGGCUACAUGAGCGGGCACUUUCCUGUCGAGGGUGCUCCCCCAACAAUGUUUCCACCGAAACCUGAUCCGGGCGUUGGCAGCAAUGAGCCGCUGAGUGGUGAGUCAACCGUCCCUGGCAGGAGCGAAUCCGCGGCGGAGCAGCAGGCUAAACAGCUCAGUAUGCUGCAGCUGCUACAUCCCAGCCUGGAGAUUACACCCUCGCCGUCGUCCGUAACCUCGCUGAAGCCCGGGUCUGAUAUGGCUCCGGCCGCGCCCCGAAAGACCAUCAAAGCUAAACGUACGCAUACGCAGUCGUUGGUGGCGCGUGAUACGCCCGAUCGCGAUGUCAUUGUUAUCGAUGAUGAGCAAUCUCCACCGCAUCAGCAGCAACAGCCUACUCCGCUAAUAUCGCACUCUUUCGCAGGUGCCACCGGUGGUGGUGGUAAGAAGCAGCGGAAGCAGCAGCAGCAGCAGCAACAGCAACAAGCGCCAGUCGGAUUCAUCGAGCAAAGUGUAGAACAAUCCGGAGGGCUCGGCAGCCUUCCUUCGCCAGGCGCCAAUCGUAAUCCGUUUGCGGAGCUAAGUGCCGGACCGCCGGCCCAACAGAAGAAACCGAAGCGUACCAAGCAGCAGAAACUGCCGAAAGGAGGAGGGAUAACAGGUGAAGGAAAACGGUCCAAGGGGCUCGCUUCUGGUUCACCACCAGUGUCGCCUUCGUUCCGAUCCGGUUCACCUUCGGCCGAUCCAGCAUCGGCAUCGGCGAACGUGAUGGGUGAUCCGGUUGGGCACUAUACACGAGAUGAUCCGACAUUACCGCCGAUGCAGCCGAUGAGCAUGCCGUACUCCGACAGUGCAUCGCCUGCCCGAAGCCCACGUAAUCCGAAUCCAUUCGCGUUCUAUACGGGGAUGCCCCGCUUCCCGGACCCAGCAUUCCUGUAUGGUAGGUUCCUGAACCCCACUGAAGUGCCACCGGCGCUUCGGCCUCCGAUUCCGUUCGGCUUUGGCAUGCUGCCGUCUGGGCCCGGAUUAAUUCCGGAGCACGGCAUGUUCCCUUCGCCACUCACCCAGCUAGCGACGGGGGGGCGCGGGUACCCACUGCCGACCAAUCCGUUUAGUUUCCCCUCGAUGGAUAGGUUGAAUGAGUUGAAUCUGCUGCGUCGCCCACCGGUUGGUAGCGCAUCGGGUACAGCUGGUCUGGGUAGCGGUCCUGGUGGUGCUAGUCUGGCGAGUCAUGGAAGCCACGGUAACCUGAUGAAGCCUGACCGAUUUGAUGAUACACUCGAUCCGGAGACAUUACUCGCCCAGACACCGCUCGAUCUGCAGAAAUCCACUUGCAACGUAGCGCCGCUGAUGCCACCGUCGCUGCAGUUGUUCCCAUCGGUCGAAGAAGCGCCGGAAACAUCCGGUUCCAAGUCCAAGGCUCAAUUGAUGGACAACAAAGCGGAAGCAUUGACCAGCACUAGCACUGCUGCUACCAGUGGUCCACUGGAGCAACAAAGCGCCUUGUCGGAAGGUGUAAAAAAUGUUCCGAUGGAAACGGUUUCGUCACGCGGCCGGAAGGACUCGGACCAGGUCGUCAUUCUACCAGCGGCUAGUGUUUUACCAGGUGCUAGCCCGCCCCAACGUUCCCAGAUGCUCGUUAUCGACAUUGACGACUCGGAUGGUAGCCAGUCGACUACGGCGACCGGUGCCGGCAAGGACAGUGAUGGCAAGGAGGGUAAACGCAAAUCGAAGGAGCACAAGAAGGAUCGCAAGGUUAAGGGUGAGCUGGGCGGUUCGGCGAAGCUGAAGAAAAAGAAGGACAAAAAGGACAAGAACAAGAGCAAGGAGCGGGAACGUGAGCAGUUACAGGAGCUGACCGCUGGUACAGCCUCGUCCUCCGGCAUGAUGACGAUGGGCAUGAUCGGUGCGGAGGAGGCCCUGCUCGUACAGCUGCGCAAGGAGCGCAAGGAAAAGAAGGAGAAGCGCAAGGACAAGGGAAAGAAGGAGAAACGCAAGGAUCGCGAACGGCUGACUGGUGAGGGCGCUGGACAAGGGGUCGGUUCACUGGCAGGCAGCUCCGACAUUCCGGCAUCGACCGAUCAUUCCCCAUCGUGCUCGGUACCGAAACUGAUGCUUAAGCUGAGCGGAUCUAACGCAACGCCGUCACCAAGGUCAGACACUCCGGAGAAGGCGCAAGGCGCAGAAAUGGGCCACCUAUCGGCGCUAACUGUUGCGACGGGCGACGGCACCAAUCGGGGCGGUUCGCCGGAACUCGCCCGUAUCUCGGCUCUGGUCACGCGGCCGCCCAAGCUUAAACCGACCGGAACCGGUACCGGUGCAGGUGGCAAGGGGGGAAAGGAAGAAUCACCGGUGAAGGGUGCGAGCGAUGACGUCGAUGGAAAAACAGACGUAGAUGAGCUGAUCCCUGGAGCGGGAAGCUCGAAGCAAAUCGGAGGCGCUUCCGUUGGCAGUGGCACAUCUCCCGCUGGCAAUAUCAGUUCCACAGUAGUUGGCUCAGCUCGUGCCAAGGGCAGUGGCAUCGAAUCGUUGAUCCCUUUAUCGGGAGAAGGGUCCAGGAAGUCAGCUAAAGACGGUAAGAGCGAUCGCAAGGGGGGAGCAGCGCACAGCGGUAUUCCAGUGACAGCAGCGCCACUAUCAUCCGGUGGCUCAUGCCAGCCCGCUGCUCCCGCGCAGAUGACCGACGUCGAUGGGAACACGGUUUGGAUCUGCCCGGCAUGCGGUCGCGUCGAUGACGGUACACCUAUGAUUGGGUGCGAUGGCUGCGACGCUUGGUAUCACUGGAUUUGUGUGGGUAUCGAGGUGGCGCCGGACGAGAACGAGGACUGGUACUGCCGCGUGUGCAUUGGUCGAAAGCAGGAUGCUUUGAAGGACGAGAAGCAACGCAAGCGUAAAAAGAAGGACAAGAAUAAGGCCAAGGACUAAUGCCGGAUAUUACUGAAUGUACAUUCCGUCUUAUGUCUUAUGUCCAAGGAAGAAGAUAAGUACCGUAAAACAGACGAAAAGCUCGUAGUUUUACAAUUCCUUGAAUAUCUCAAUCUUCUUAAUUACUAACAAACAAAUAACUAUAGUAAUUAACAUGUUUAGACAAAAUCAUUAUUGUGAUUAAUAUGUUUAGAGCAGAUACAUGUUCGUCAUGUAGGUAAAACUCUGGUCUGCUGAAUGCGAGUGUAUGGUUAGAGAUAAUUUUGAGUCGUUCAUUUCAUACAAUUCUCCGAAAGCAUUUCUUUACCGUUGUUUGAUUACGAAUACCAUUUUCAUUAAACGCUUUCCGGAAAUGUUUCUUGGCAGAGUUAGGGCUACGCAAAGCAACUCAUUUUUUUUAAACGGUAACAUCGUUACAAUCAAAUUCUUGUGUACCUAGAAAAUAAUAUCUGUAACAUAUUUAUCAAUAAAUGUUCACAUCGAACAAAUAACUAUUGUAAUUAAUAUGUUUAGACAAAAUCAAUAUUGUAAUUAAUAUGUUUAGAGUAGAUACAUGUUUAUCAUGUAGGUAAAACUCUGGUCUGCUGAAUGCGAGUGUAUGUUUAGAGAUAAUUUUGAGUCGUUCAUUUCAUACAAUUCUCCGAAAGCAUUUCUUUACCGUUGUUUGAUUACGGAUACCAUUUUCAUUAAACGCUUUCCGGAAAUGUUUCUUGGCAGAGUUAGGGCUUCGCAAAGCAACUCGUUUUUUUUAAUGUUAACAUCGUUGCAAUCACAUUCUUCUCGUGAACCUAGAAAAUAAUAUCUGUAACAUAUUUAUCAAUAAAUGUUCACAUCGAACAAAUAACUAUUGUAAUUAAUAUGUUUAGACAAAAUCAAUAUUGUAAUUAAUAUGUUUAGAGUAGAUACAUGUUUAUCAUGUAGGUAAAACUCUGGUCUGCUGAAUGCGAGUGUAUGUUUAGAGAUAAUUUUGAGUCGUUCAUUUCAUACAAUUCUCCGAAAGCAUUUCUUUACCGUUGUUUGAUUACAGAUACGAUUUUCAUCAAACGCUUUCCGGAAAUGUUUCUUGGCAGAGUUAGGGCUACGCAAAGCAACUCAUUUUUUUUAAAUGUUACAAUGUUACAAUCAAAUUCUUCUAGUGA